AUGGGGUGCGCAGCUAGUAUACGAAAAUCUUCGGUGUUACAAUCAGAAUCAGAAGACUCCUGGCACAGUCGUAUUGAUAAAAAUGAAACAGUAGUCGCCACGUUGGUGAGACUUGAUAGGGGGAUUGCUUCCUGUGAAAAACGAUAUCCUACGCAGAGGUUGGCUAUUGUUACAGCCGAACUUAAAAGUAUUCAAUUGGAAAUUCAAGAACUUGGGGGAGUGAUUAAUUCUGAUGUCACAGAAAAAGCUUAUGCGAAGGCAAUCCAUCAGAUAUUCGUGGAACUGCAUUUAUAUAAACGACCAAUGUUGGCGGCAGAAAAUGAAGAUUUCGUAGCCAAUGUGAAUAGGAAGGAAAUGCAUCGUUUAGAAGUGCUGUACCUAAGUCUGCGACAGAAGGAAUUACAACGAGAAAGUCAAAUAUUACAAACGCAAUUGUUGCGGUUAAGAUCCUUGUAUAGGGAACAACAACACCUGUUAGAAUCUUUGUGGUACGAGAAGCCAAGUUCUGAACCAACACCGCAAUCGAAUCUGCGUCAUGCCCAAGGACUUCGUGAUGCAUUGGCCACAGCGAGCAUGCGCUUGCGCGCAGGGGCUGAAUAUACGCAAAACGGUUUACGUUUGCUGGAAGAAGCUCUACGUUCUUGGAAACUAUCUUCAAUCGGAAGUAGAAGCGGUUGGGAGCGUACGUCAUCAUGCGCAGAGGCAUGCAGUCUUCUCGUAAAAGCUAGAUGCCAGGAGCGAGGAGCGCGUCGUGUUUUAGGUGCUCAGGCUGCUCCGAGAGCGGCACGCUCUGUCAGACUGACGCUAGACUACGCAUUCACGGACUGUCUACAUGAUCAUAAGUGA